AAUCUAUAAGAGUUGUCUACCAUUUUUUAUUUGAAAAGUGAUCAUCUAAUUCAUAUAGCGAAUUGAUCAAAUGACAAACGAAGUCGAGGUUAUGGAAUUCAUAUGGAUCGAAGGACACGUGUCCAUAAAUAUCAUAAUAAUGAUUUAACAUAGAUUUUCUUAUAAAUAUUUUAAUUUAUAUAUAUAUUUUUUUAAAAAAUAGAUGAUGAGUUAUAAUUUGUAAAAGUACCGAUCUUUCAAUAAAUAUCAUAAUUAAUAGAAUAAUACGUGUUUUUGUGUGAUUUGGUUUUAUGAACAAUAUUAUUAUUCUAUAUAGACUAUUUGAAUUGGGUGGGCUUUGACUGCGCGGCCCAUGUUCCAGUUUUCCAUUCACCUAUGGGCUCAUACUUCACCGAGCUUCGUCGUCUCCAGCCGGGUAAUCUUCUGCCCUAAUAACCUACCACCGUUUCGCCGUCCGUCUCCGGCAAAGUUCGCCGUCUCCGGCGAUCAAUGUUUUGAUCUUCAGGAAAUAGAGUGCAAAUUCGCGCAUUCCGGGCAACGAGACCGCCAAUUAUUCGAAUAUCUCAUCGUUUUGGAACAGAUUAUGCUCAUUGAUGGCUCGCUUGUGACGAAAUGCCUCCAGAUGAACCUCUCUUUGGUUUUCAAUCGUUUUCCAUUGGUCAUGGUACGAUGCAAGUCGUUUUCUACGUCGGCCCGCAAGCUUUUUCCCGAGUCUCUUCCCCGUAGACUUGCAUCGUUUUUGCAGGCUUGCUCCGAUUCGACUUUGCUUGGGCAAGGUAAGCAAGUUCACGCUUUUUUAAUCGUGAACAGAAAUGCCGGUGUAAGCUAUAUGGAUGCUAGGAUUUUGGGCAUGUAUGCUAUGUGUGGUAGCUUUGAGGAUGCCGGUAAAUUGUUUUAUAGCCUUGAUUUACGGCAUUGCAUGGCCUGGAAUUCGAUUAUGAGCAGCUUCGUGCGAAUGGGUUUCUUUAAUCAUGCCUUGUCAUUUUACUUCAAGAUGCUAAGUUAUGAAGUUUGUCCUGACGAAUCCACUUUUCCUUGUCUCAUCAAGGCUUGUAUUGCUUUGAAUAAUGUCAGAGGGGUUGGGUUUCUUCACCAUUCGGCUUCGUCUCUUGGCAUGGAUAGUAAUGCGUUUGUUGCCAGUUCUUUGAUCAAAGCCUACACUGACUACGGUCAGAUUGGUGAAGCGAGUAAGUUGUUUGACAAAGUUCAUCAAAAAGAUUGUGUCAUAUGGAACGUGAUGCUUAAAGCCUAUGCACAAUGCGGAGCCUCGGAUAAGGUUAUAGAUGGGUUUGGUGCUAUGAGGAUGACAGAAAUUAAGCCCAAUGCUGUUACCUUUGAUCAUAUCUUAUCUGUUUGUGCCUCAAAGUCAUUAAUUGGUCUUGGUGUUCAACUUCAUGGUGUAAUGGUCGUUUCUGGGUUGGAUUUUGAUGUCUCUGUCAACAACUCACUUUUAUCCAUGUAUUCCAAAUGCAGGCAGUUUGCUGAUGCAUCUAAGUUGUUCCGGUUGAUGUCUCGAGCUGAUAUAGUUACCUGGAAUUGUAUGAUCUCUGGCUAUGUUCAAAAUGGAUUAAUGGAAGAAAGUUUAUUUCUGUUCCAUGAGAUGGUGUCAUCGGGUGUCUUACCCGAUGCAAUCACUUUGUCGAGCUUUCUUCCAUCAGUUGCUGAGUUUGGAAAGAUGGAGCACUGCAGAGAAAUACAUGGUUAUAUUCUGAGACAUGGCAUACUGCUGGAUAUUUUCUUGAUAAGUGCUCUUAUCGAUGCCUAUUUUAAGUGUAAGGGUAUUGAGAUGGCACGAAAGAUUUUCAGGCAAUGCACUUCAGUCGAUAUUGUAGUAUGUACAACAAUGAUUUCUGGGUAUUUGCAUAAUGGCAUGAAUGCCGAUGCUUUAGAGAUGUUCCGAUGGUUGUUUACAGAAAAAAUGAGUCCAAAUGAUAUAACCUUGGUGACUAUUUUGCCAGUUAUUGCUGGCCUGUUGGCCUUGAAUUUGGGGAGCGAACUUCAUGCUUACAUCAUCAAGGAGGGUUCUAAUGGGAGGUGCAAUGUUGGUUGUGCUCUGAUGGACAUGUAUGCUAAAUGUGGAAGAAUGGAUAUUGCUUAUGAGAUUUUCAGGAGAAUGCCCGAGAGAGAUAGCGUUUGUUGGAACUCUAUGAUCACCCGUUAUGCACAGAGUGACAAUCCACGUGAGGCGAUAGAUAUUUUUCGUGAGAUGGGGUUGUCAGGAGCCAAGUACGACUAUGUUAGUAUUUCAGCCGCUCUCUCUACUUGUGCUAAUUUGCCUGCACAACAUCAUGGAAAAGAGAUUCAUGGUUUCAUUACGAAACAUCAAAUUGCUGAUGUUCAUGCCGAGAGUGCCUUGAUAGACAUGUAUGCUAAGUGUGGAAACCUUGAUUCUGCUAGACACGUGUUUGAGAUGAUGAGAGAAAAGAACGAAGUUUCGUGGAAUAGCAUCAUUGCUGCGUAUGGAAACCACGGGUUGCUAAAAGAUGCCCUCUUUCUAUUCCAUAAAAUGGUUGAGAAUGGAAUUCAGCCUGAUCAAAUCACUUUUCUGGCAAUAAUAUCUGCAUGUGGUCAUGUCGGAGCUGUUGAUGAAGGAGUUCAUUACUUCGAAUCUAUGACGGAGGGUUAUGGAAUCCCUGCUCAGAUGGAGCAUUAUGCAUGUAUGGUGGACUUGUUUGGACGAGCUGGUCGUUUGAAUGAAGCCUUUGAAACCAUAAAAAGCAUGCCAUUUCCGGCAGAUGCAGGAGUUUGGGGGACACUGCUUGGAGCUUGCAGAGUUCACAGAAAUGUCGAGCUUGCCAAAGUUGCUUCGAGUAAUCUAUUGGAUUUGGAUCCACAGAACUCGGGUUACUAUGUUUUGCUCUCAAAUACUCAUGCCGAUGCUGGGCACUGGGAAAACGUGCUUAGUGUAAGAAACUUGAUGAAAGAGAGAGGAGUACGAAAAAUACCCGGUUGUAGUUGGAUUGAAGUCAACAAAACAACUCAUGCAUUUGUUGCAGCUGAAGGAAGUCACCCACAGUCUGGGCAGGUCUACUCCUUGCUGAAGUUGCUUCUCGAGGAGUUGAAGAGAGAAGGCUAUAUUCCACAGCCUUACCUUCCAAUGCACCCACAGACGUUGAGAGUGUCUGCCCAUCGUCUCUCCUGUCCCGAUAGCUAAAUUUCACCACCACAGAAUGUAGCAAAAAAGAUCCUUGGACAUUCGUGGUUGCAAACAGAUUUAUGCUUGUUGUCAGGAGAGUCCAGGACUGUUUGAACUCUGAAUCACUAAAGAAUUUAUGCUCAAGUUACAGGAAUCUCUUCAGGUGCCGCAUUCUCAUAUUGUACUCCAUUGAUUCUCUUCUAAGGGUGCAGUACUCUGCUGAAUCGAUCUGGACAACUGACGUCUGAUUAGGACCUAAACCUGUUCUCACUUCUCAUAAAGGAGGUGGUGUUGUCAAUCUGAUGAUGGAUAAUUGAAAUCAGUUUUUUGGUGAUGAUUUCGAGAAGGAUCCGGUCUCCAUAUUGCGAUGUCUGGUCAAGGCUUCUUCCUACUCCCAUCUUCUCAUAAGACGGUGUCUCUCCCGGAAGGAACAAACGGACAUCAAAGAUCAGGUUGAAAUCAAUAAAAGCAGAGUCAUGCUUGAUUGCAGCGUGGAGAAAACCCUAUGGCCAGGGAGGAGGCGCAACAUACAAAAUUGCCAGUCCCUUCUUUACAUAUCCAUUUAAUAAACGUGAAAUAGUACGUUUGCGGUUUGACGACGCUGACGCUGACGCUGACGCUGACGCAAUAAUCAAUUUCUCACACAUCCAAACGCAACUUGAAAAACGGAGGUUCUAUGGCGUUUGCGUUGCGACAGCUGCGGCAAAUGAGCGUUUUUGCCACCGCAGCUGUUGCAAAUCUUCAUCAAGACAAUCCGUACGAAACUAAUAAAAAUGGGCCUACGUUUAAGCCCAUUGUGGUAUUGUAGCUGUUGAGGGCCCACAGGCCUAAACCCAGAGUCCUAGUCAUCCUAGUGUAGUAGAUAACGUGUAUAUAAUAUAUAUAAGGGAAAAUGAGAUUUUCCUACACCAACUUGGCAAAAUGUAAUCUUUUCCUGCAUGAAUUUUUAAUUUGAUAAAAAACUACACCAAAUUAUCAAAUGUACCAAAUUAAUACACGAACUAUCCAAUUUAACUGCAAUUUCCUACACAA